UGGGGCGCGGCUGGGUCAGCUGAAUGACAGUCACGGGACUCCAUCGGUGGCUUCCUGGAGAAGGAGGGAUGAGCGGGGGUCUCCGAGGGCAGCAGGACAUGGAAGAGGAGCCUGACCUGGAGGCUCUGCAGGCCUGGAAGGAGCGCGUGGGGCAGGAGCUGGACCGUGUGGUGGCUUUCUGGAUGGAGCAUUCCCACGACAAGGAGCAUGGGGGAUUCUUCACAUGCCUCGGCCAGGACGGGCAGGUGUAUGAUGACCUCAAGUACGUGUGGCUGCAGGGGAGGCAGGUGUGGGUGUAUUGUCGCCUGUACCGAAAACUCAAGCGCUUCCGCAGCCCUGAACUCCUGGAUGCGGCUAAAGCAGGUGGCGAAUUUUUGCUGCGUUAUGCCCGAGUGGCACCUCCCGGAAAGAAGUGUGCCUUUGUGCUGACGCGGGACGGCCGCCCGGUCAAGGUGCAGCGAACCAUCUUCAGCGAGUGUUUCUACACCAUGGCCAUGAACGAGCUGUGGAGGGUGACAGGGGAAGCACGUUACCAGAGCGAAGCGGUGGAGAUGAUGGAUCAGAUCGUGUACUGGGUGCGGGAGGACCCAUCGGGGCUGGGUCGGCCCUGGCUCCCGGGGGCCCCGGCCUCCGAGUCCAUGGCGGUGCCCAUGAUGCUGCUCAACCUGGUGGACCAGCUCGGGGAGGCGGACGAGGAGCUGGCGGGCAACUACGCGGAGCUGGGGGACUGGUGCGCGCAGAGGAUCCUGCGGCAUGUCCAGAGGGAUGGACAGGCUGUGCUGGAGAACGUGUCAGAGGAUGGCGAGGAACUUUCUGGUUGCCUGGGGAGACACCAGAACCCAGGCCACGCGCUGGAGGCUGGCUGGUUCCUGCUCCGUCACGCCAUCAGGAAGGGCGACUCCGAACUUCGCACCCACGUUAUCGACAAGUUCCUGCUGUUGCCUUUCCGCUCUGGAUGGGACCCCGACCACGGAGGCCUCUUCUACUUCCUGGACGCUGAUGGCCUCUGCCCUGCCCAGCUGGAGUGGGCCAUGAAGCUCUGGUGGCCACACAGCGAGGCCAUGAUUGCCUUCCUCAUGGGCUACAGUGACAGCGGGGACCCUGCCUUACUGCGCCUCUUCUACCAGGUGGCCGAGUACACCUUCCGCCAGUUUCGCGAUCCUGAGCAUGGUGAAUGGUUUGGCUACCUGAACCGAGAGGGGAAGGUCGCUCUCACCAUCAAGGGGGGUCCUUUCAAAGGCUGCUUCCACGUGCCGAGGUGCCUCGCCAUGUGCGAGGAGAUGCUAGACGCCCUGGUGAGCCGCCUCGCCCUGGCCCAGAGCCCCUGCACGCGGUCCACUCCCGCCGUCCCCAGCCCCGAAGGCGCGAAAUAAAACCGAGCCUGCUCCAGUG